UGCCUUUUGUUCGAUACCGGCGGCGGCCCUAGGACAAAAAGUUGUCGCUCGCGCUCUCAGCGUGUUUGAACAGCAAAGCAAUCGCAACGGAGCAGCGCUGCACUGCCGGUGAGGAUCUCCUGGUGCCUCAAGAUUCACUGACCAAAGACUGACUGACUGAAGGGCACCGCAGCAGCCAAGGCUCAGAUUAAGCGUGCAAAUUUAAAAGGCCCCCGACACUCAUUUACGGCGCAGCAUGAGGGCUCCUAAGGGCACGUUCGCCAGCUCGCUGCACUCGGGACUACCGCAAGGCACCGUGCGAAAACAAGUCGUCAUCAUUGGCAAUGGACCAAGCGGAAUCGCGUUAUCCCACAUGCUCAGCGGCAACUGGCCCUAUUACAACGGCCAGCCUCAUCCGACAGACGAGGAGCUGACUGCCAGACUGGCGAUUGCGCCUCCGGGCCUUUCGAUUGUAGAGCAAGACUUAUCGUUUUUAUCACAGGGACUGGAAGGGCGCUCAAACAACGUCGUUUCGCUGCUGUUUGACUGCCUGAACCUGCCGUGUGCAGACCUUGGUUUGGACAGUGACCCUUUGCUGCAUUGGCAGUACCACCCAGACAAGUACGUGGAUCACGUUGUGCUCGGCAAGGGACCGCCCGGUGGUUCGUGGCAGGCGAUGGACGGAAACGUUUUGACCAUCAGCCUAUCCCGGUGGAUGGAGCUGCCAGGGAUGGACUACCGAAGCUUUGGCGGGGGUGGCCCACCAACGUGCCGAAACUCGCGCGCGUCCGUCGCAUCGAUGGCCAAGUACUACAGCGAGUACGUCAAGCUGAAGCGAUUGCAGGAAAACUUCCGCUGCGGCACCGUCGUUACCGACGUCAAACCACUGGCCAACGACCAGUGGCUGGUGACGGGCGUCGAGCAUGCGGGCGACGAGGGCGCCCCUGACAUGCCCUUCCACUAUGUCACAUCCCAUCUAGUCCUGGCCACUGGAAACUACGACCGGCCAAAUAAACUUAAGGUUCCUGGGGACUCUGAGCCCUACGUGAUCUAUUCGCUGCUGGAGUUGGAACGCAUGGUCCAGCAGUCCAAGCUCUCUGAGCACUCUGACCCGGUGCUGGUGGUUGGCGCUGGCCUCAGCGCAGCCGACGCGAUCAUUGCUUGCCGCUUUCACGGCCUGCCGGUGCUGCACGCCUUCAGAAGGUCUUCAGGCGACCCUGGUUUCGUGUUCAGACAACUGCCGGAGAACAUGUACCCUGAGUACCACAAAGUGCACCAAAUGAUGACUGACGGCGGCAAUAGCUACAAGAAAUACAAAUCUCUGCCUGAGCAUAAAAUCAUUGAAAUCAUGCCAGAUUACAAAGUGAGACUGAUGGGCCCUGGUGACGGAGGCAGUACUGCCUGCUAUGUAAUCAAGGUUUCCGCCGUGAUCGCCCUGAUUGGCGCGCAACCCGACCUCUACUUCUUGCCGCAGUCAGGGGUUGGUUUGGGCGUGAAGAAGGACCUGCCGGUAGCCAGCCGAAGCAACCCGAUUGAAGUGGAGCCGUUCAGCUACGAAUGCACCGAGGCGCCGGGUCUGUACGCCAUCGGCUCGCUGGCAGGGGACAAUUUCGUGCGGUUUGUGCACGGCGGCGCUCUCGCAUUUACCAGUCACAUUCACAAGCAGCUCUCUGAGGCGUCCGCGGAGGCGGCGGACGAGGCCGUGGAGGUCUGACCCGAACUCACUCACGCAAGUGCCAUAGAAUCCAAGCAGAAGUGAGACAGCUGACGUACUGCCUGCGAAAGGGUUGAGGGAAAGUCGUUGUUUCCAUUUCACCUUCUCUCUCCGCAACGACUGCGUGGUUGUUGAAAAUUUGUUACUUUUCAUGUGAUUGGUGUGAAAGUAGCUCUGAUUUCUGAGCUCACUGGCAUGCUUUACAAAGGUUUCUACUUUUUUAGUGGAUUAAUAUUUAUAAUUAUGAUAUAAUAUAUAACCUAAUGUUGAAGCACACACCCACUCACUCAAAAGGUUGUUAAAAAUUAAUGUUACAUGAAAGCACCGAAUCUAUGCAAGUUGAAGACUGCAAUUAAAUCAUUUUCUUGUCAGUGGAAAUAUAGACAUCAGGUUUGCACAUUUGCGGUGGCUACAAUUUUAUGUAAAACGACAUUACACUAAUCAGUAAGUACCUGUAAGUAAGAGUAUUGAUUCAAACAUGAAGCGAUUGUUCGUAUUUUUAUCUGGGCCGGCCCCUGCAAUUGUUCUGACUUUCCGCGUUCAUUCCAAACGUAUUGAUACAAAAAUAAAAUUUGAAAAUACUGAGGAUUU